GGGCGCAUGCGCGUCGUGAGAUGGCUCGGCUACGUUGCUGUGUGAGACCUCUUUAGAUUUAAUAAUGAAGUAAAGCCCGCGGAGCGCGAGAGCGCCUGGAGCUAACUUUAGAGACAUAAACAACAGUAACCAAAAAAGAACCAAAAAUACGAAAAAUACGCGUAAGCCUACGCGCGCAAGGCCCCUUGUCUGCGUUUUUGCGGGCGUGUUUGAGUAUUUGUGUGUGACUGUUAGGGUUUCUUUCUUCUUCUUCUUCUUCUUCUUCUUCUUCUUCUUCUUCUUCUUCUUCUUCUUCUUCUUCCUCUUCUUCUUUUGGCUCAUACAGUUCCGCUUCGUUGCGGUAGCUUGGGUGAGUUGUGGUGAAGUUGUGGUGCAGGAGGACUGGCGCUGACUGCGGUGUGCGCGCUCUCCGCACAGACGCCUUUUUCCUCCACCGCGCUCCAGGUCGCUCGAGCGCGUGAAUAGUUUUGGACGAGCAUGUGAACGGAGUGGACGGAGACGCACCGUUUUGGACCGUUUUCGGAGACCUCAGACCACACAACUCCUCAGAGUCGCUGGAUCAAAGCGUAACAGUGUGGAAGUGAUCGACUGAUGGAGAAUACACAGGAGCUGACCGAUCAGGCGGUGAAGAAACCUCUCUCUGAUCCUCCUGCUUCAGACCAUUCUGACAACAGGUCGUUGGAGAUGCAGGAACUAACCAGCCCUCAGCACACAGUCGCCAGUGGCAGCGAUGGCAGCUCCAAACUGGACAAAAGUCUCCUCAAUAACAGCGUCUCGACCAAUGGAACAGGAGGCGAGAACAUGACCGUUCUAAACACGGCUGAUUGGCUGCUGGGCUGCAGCACUCCGCCCACUGCCCCAAGUACGAAGGACUAUGUAAAGACAGAGCCGCUGAACAGCAGUGAUGCAGUCAGCACAGCAGGAGAUACAGGGCUAGACACUUAUACAGGGUCAGUUAUAACCAGCAGCGGAUUCAGUCCUCGACCUGCACAUCAGUACUCUCCUCCCCUUUAUCCAUCAAAGCCUUAUCCCCACAUCCUGUCCACGCCUGUGGCUCCUCCCAUGUCUCCUUAUACUGUACAGUCCCAGUUCAGCAGCAUGCAGCAGUCUACGGUUUAUACACCGUACUCUCAAACUACACAACCUUACGGCCUCUCUACGUACGAACACGCAGACGUCCGAGGAGGGCUCGACUUUAGCUGCUUAGCAGAUUUAGGGGUGAUGUUACCCGGGAUAAAGACAGAAGGAGGGCUGUCCCAGAACCAGUCUACCCUCCAAUCAGGGCUCAGCUAUAGCCCAGGAUUCACCACCCCCCAGCCUGGACAGACGGCCUACUCGCCCUAUCAGAUGCCAGCAUCAGGGUUUACAUCCUCUCCUGGCCUCUACGCCUCAAACAACUCGGUGUCCAAUCCAGCCAACUUCAGCACACAACAGGAAUAUCCAUCAUAUACAGCAUUCGGGCAGAAUCAGUACGCUCAGUAUUACUCUGCCUCGUCCUACGGUCCUUAUGUGACAACCAACAGCACACUGGAUGCUACAGGUUCCACCUCUAACUAUCAACUGCAAGACCCCGCCCCUAUAAUCACAGGACAGGCUCCUGAGAUGCACCCAGGUGAUUUUGAGGCGGAGCAGAGUCCUUCAACGCCCAUCAAGGAACUGGAUGACCGGACAUGCCGUGGGGGCGGGACUAAAGCCAGGGGGCGUGGAAGGAAGAACAACCCCUCUCCUCCUCCUGAUAGUGAUCUGGAGAGAGUGUUUGUCUGGGAUCUGGAUGAGACCAUCAUUGUCUUCCACUCACUUCUUACUGGAUCAUAUGCACAGAAAUAUGGAAAGGAUGCUCCGAUGGCGGUGACACUGGGGUUGAGAAUGGAAGAGAUGAUCUUUAAUCUUGCAGACACACACCUCUUCUUUAAUGACUUAGAGGAAUGUGAUCAGGUGCACAUUGAUGACGUGUCAUCAGAUGAUAACGGACAGGACCUUAGUACUUACAGUUUUGCCACUGAUGGCUUCCAUGCAGCUGCGACUAGCGCAAGCCUCUGCUUAGCCACAGGCGUCAGGGGCGGAGUGGACUGGAUGAGGAAGCUGGCCUUCCGCUACAGGCGAGUGAAGGAGUUGUACUGCUCGUAUAAGAACAACGUGGGCGGGCUUUUGGGCCCCGCUAAGAGAGACGCAUGGCUUCAGCUCAGGGCCGAAGUCGAGGCUCUGACGGAUUCGUGGCUCACCACCGCACUCAAGUCCCUGUCGAUAAUCAGCUCCAGGAGUAACUGUGUUAAUGUCUUGGUGACUACGACACAGUUAAUACCGGCUCUUGCGAAGGUGCUGCUCUAUAGCUUGGGCUCAGCUUUUCCUAUAGAGAACAUCUACAGCGCAACUAAAAUAGGUAAAGAGAGCUGUUUUGAGCGUAUAGUGUCCAGGUUUGGCACUAACAUUACAUAUGUAGUGAUUGGUGAUGGGCGCGAUGAGGAGCACGCGGCCAGCCAGCACAACAUGCCGUUCUGGCGAAUAUCCAGCCACUCGGACCUGCUCGCCCUCCACCAAGCACUGGAAUUCGAGUACCUGUAACACUCGACAGCUGUAUCAUAGGCCUCUUUUUGUACAACUAUUUAAGAACAACAUUACACUGCAGUCUCCUUUUAUGUUGGGUUGUGUCGUCUGUCUUUUUAAUUAUUUCUCUGGCUUCUGAGAUAACUCUGCACUGUCUUAAAAAGACUCGGUCUGUCUGAGCAAAGGGGCAACAGGGGGAUUUUAACGCUCAAAACGAGCUCAUCAAUCGCUCACAAAAGGUCUUAUAUUAUAUACACGCUGCAUCUCGGUGGGAUCUUCAUUUUUCAGAGACGAACAAAACUGCUUCUAUGUAACUUUGUGUCCUCUCUAUUCAGAGGAGCUUCAACCUCAUAGUGCAGUUUUCCUCUGCUAUAAAACAAUAGAUCUGUACAAUCUAGCAUAGACUAAUAACACAUGUAAAUUAUUUUACAGGAACUUCAGUUAACAUUAAAGACUGUGUUGGCAUUUUUUUUUCAUUUGGUCUUUUUGUAAGUUUUUGGCAAAGAAGUAUGUGUAUAAUUUGUUGUGCCUUAUGAAUUUUGUGUGGGUUUUUUUUUUUGUUCAUUUUGAAAAUGUAUGUAGAUGAACAAAGACUGAAAAUGAAAGAGUGAACACUCUA